CCUCGAUGAGGAAAGUGCACAAGUGAGUUUGUUGAUCGAGAUAACUAGAAACAGUGUGAUGAAAAUGAAGGUCCUUGUUUUCUUCGUUGCUACAAUUUUGGUAGCAUGGCAAUGCCAUGCGUACGAUAUGUUCCCUCUCCGAAUGAACACUGGCUAUGGUGCCCGUACUCCGGAGGUGAGAUGCGCAAGUUGGAGGCUUGCUGUGGAAGCACACAACAUCUUUGGCUUUGAGACCAUUCCUGAAGAGUGCGUUGAAGCAACAAAGGAAUACAUCCAUGGCGAACAAUAUAGAUCAGACUCCAAAACAGUUAACCAGCAAGCUUACUUUUAUGCCAGAGACCUCGAAGUCCAUCCCAAGGACACAUUUGUGUUCAGUAUAGAUGGCACCGUACUCUCUAAUAUUCCAUACUACCAAAAACAUGGAUAUGGGGUGGAGAAAUUUAACUCGACCUUGUAUGAUGAAUGGGUUAACAAGGGCAAUGCACCGGCACUGCCCGAGACUCUUAAGAAUUACAACAAGCUGGUGUCUCUUGGCUUCAAGAUUAUAUUCUUGUCAGGAAGAACACUGGACAAACAGGCCGUAACAGAAGCAAACUUAAAGAAGGCUGGCUACCACACAUGGGAAAAAUUAAUUCUCAAGGAUCCACAAGAUCCUUCCACUCCAAAUGCAGUUUCAUACAAAACAGCAGCGAGAGAGAAACUGAUAAGGCAGGGAUACAACAUUGUUGGGAUCAUUGGAGACCAAUGGAGCGAUCUCCUCGGAGGCCACAGAGGCGAAAGCAGGACCUUUAAGCUUCCUAAUCCCCUGUACUACAUUCAGUAGUUCCUUCACCUCUCAACAAUCUAGCUUGCUCCUAUCUAUCUAUAUGUAAUAAGAUGCGUUCAAAUAGGGGCUCUAGCUUCACUUUAUGUUGUUUCAGAUGUGUGUCAACAAGUCAUGUAAGAGACUUCACUAUGUUGUUUUCUCUUUCGUGGCUUUAAUAAAUUAUGCGCCCUUGUUCCAUA